AUGGCUCAGCUACACCUCACAUUCCGCCCAAGACCUUUCAAGAACCCGAACUAUACCAAGAACGCCAAUCGUCGCACGAAGAACCUGAAGGCAGUCUUAGGUCAGGAGAAGGAACGGGAGCGGGCGGAGAGGGAAAGGAGGAGGCAGCAGAAGUCGGAAAGCAUGGAGGUCGACGAAGGAGCUGAGUCCAAGAACCCCAACGUCGAGGAGGAGGAUCUACCGACUUAUUCCUCUAUCGAGGCGCCGCCAUCAUUUCUACCUCAGAGGCGGUAUUGCGAUAUAACUGGACUGGAGGCGCCAUAUACCGACCCUGCAACGGGCCUUCGGUACCACGACAAAAGUGUUUACGAGCUAAUCAAGAGUCUCAGUACGAGCUCUGCGAAAGAUUAUUUGUCUGCACGGGGUGUAAAUUCGAUUGUAAAAUAG